AUGACAACCCCAGAUGUACUCCGAGAUGCGGAACACAUCGCUGACAUCUCCAACUUGUCGUAUGAUGAUGAUAAUGGCGAAGAAUUUACCCCACAGCAGCUCCAGUCCAGAUAUCGCUAUCGAAGGGAGACGCAGACCAAAACGAAAACGGUCUUACUCAACCGACUACUCCGCGAUUUCGAUAUCCUGGUAUACUGCCAACUAUCCUGUCUGUACUAUAUAGAUUGCUCAAUUGUCCAUUUUAUAAUCCGGGCAUUUGUUCAAAUAGCAUUCUUCUCCCCCAAAGCCGGCUUCCAUGAUUACGAAUACCAGCCCUAUAUUGGCGCUAUUCUCAUCAGUAACCUCCUAUGCAUACUUCCACAUUUUUUAUCAGCUCCCCCCGCAGCAAGUGAAGUGUCGCGCGGUUAUCUCCAUGGGGGCUUGUUCAUUGACUUUAUUGGUCAGAAAGGGCCGAUUUCAAAACUUCAGUUAAUAGCAUUUGACAUUUUAGUCGUUUGUCUGCAAAUAAUCAUGAUGGGCAUUAGGUUGGAGAGCGAGAAAACCGCGGCCUCAUUAUCCCGUGAAACCUCUACUUCUACUUUAAACGCUCGGGCGGAAAUGAGCCAAGAUAUUGACUCAGAAGAACGAGGAGUUCAUAGGCUCCAUUCCCCGGGCGGCGAUGAUAUUGAACUGCAAAAUCUUCCAUCUGCUGACGUGCAGAAUGAACCUGAUAUUGAGGAAGGAAAUGAUCAAAGGCGUGCCUUUUUAUCGGAUUCCACCACCAGCACGCAACCUCCUCUAGGCCAGGAUAACCAUGCGCGUGAUGAGUUUCUUACCGGUGAUGCCGUAAUUGUGGAAAUUAAUGUCUUUCGCAUGAUACGUGACCAGUGGCGGCGGAGUCGAGAAGUUGAGCAUGCCGAACCCGGUGACACAGCGACAAGUUUGUCCCCUCGGUUUUAUUUUAGACGACGGUUUGGAAUGCAUUUUGGUACCAGCGUUUGA